UCUUUAUCGGUAGUUACUGAAGUUCCUCGCCGCAACUCUCAUCCUAUUCUGAAGUAGCCUAGUCGGCGCCGUCCGUAUGUUACGUAAAUGACGCUCGGGUGGGUUGGAGUGACAAAGAGAGCGAGCAGAGAGACAGACAGAGACGGAAUAAAAAAAAAAAAUCAUCUGAAUUUGGAGUGGUAAUAAAACUGGUACUUGCGGGCUAUAGAGCUAUUUAAACUUGUUUCUUAAUCUGUAAACCGAUUCUACACAGUCCACAAUAUUACUUUCAAGUUUAUGGGGUUAAAAGAGCCGGUGGUUCUGUUGAAAACGUUUGAUUUAAAAUCGGGAAAUUGGAAAUUUUUCAUUUGAAUUGUUGGUUGGAUUGAGCAAGGGAGCCGCCAUGGCUGCUGCUGUCGGAUCAUUGAGUCUCCACCUCAAAUAUGAAUAAUUUUACUGAUAUUUUAAACUAAACAGUUUGUUUUAGAAAACUGUAUUGACCUACACUUGGUAUUUUUUAUUUUACAGAUGGACCUUAUACAUUAAAUUAAACACUUAAAUAAGUGAUUAAAAAAAAAAAAAAAAAAUUUAAGGAAAAUACGGCUAAAUUAAAUAAAUAAAAAAUUCACGAGAUACCGGAUAAUUAAGGCUUUUUUUCGUUGACGAACUGAUCAUUUGAAAAGGAAAGCAUCUGAAAAAGGAUGGUUUGAAGAAAAAGAAGAAAAAAAAAGACUUGGACUCGCGCAGAAAUAAAGGGGUGCACAUUCCUAACAGGAAUCACAAGGAAAGUGUUUUUUUUUUUUUCAUUUUAUCAAUACUACGAUUAAUGCCCAAUUUGUAUUGAGAACAUUGCAACAAGAAAUACCGGGAUAGAGUCAGAGACGGAGUCCAUAAGGAUAGAGAAUGUCAGGGCGGCCUAGAACCACCUCCUUUGCAGAGAGCUGCAAGCCAGUGCAGCAGCCGUCAGCCUUCGGGAGCAUGAAAGUCAGCAUAGGAGACAAGGAUGGCAGCAAAGUAACCACAGUGAUGGCGACCCCCGGCCAGGGCCCAGACCGGCCGCAGGAGGUCACUUACUCAGACACCAAGGUGAUUGGGAAUGGCUCCUUCGGGGUGGUGUACCAGGCCAAGCUGUGCGACUCCGGAGAGUUGGUUGCCAUCAAGAAGGUCCUACAGGACAAGCGCUUCAAGAACCGUGAACUUCAGAUCAUGAGGAAGCUGGAUCACUGUAAUAUUGUCCGGUUGCGCUAUUUCUUUUACUCCAGCGGGGAGAAGAAGGAUGAAGUCUAUCUGAACCUGGUGCUGGACUACGUUCCUGAGACAGUAUAUAGAGUCGCCAGACACUACAGCCGGGCAAAACAGACCCUCCCCAUGAUCUAUGUGAAGUUAUAUAUGUAUCAACUAUUCCGGAGUUUAGCAUAUAUCCAUUCCUUUGGAAUCUGCCAUCGGGACAUCAAACCACAGAACCUGCUGCUCGACCCUGAAACGGCAGUGCUCAAGCUUUGUGAUUUCGGAAGUGCAAAGCAGUUGGUCCGAGGAGAGCCCAACGUGUCCUACAUCUGCUCGCGGUACUACAGGGCACCUGAGUUGAUCUUUGGCGCUACUGAUUACACCUCCAGUAUAGAUGUUUGGUCAGCUGGCUGUGUGUUGGCUGAACUUUUGCUAGGACAACCAAUCUUCCCUGGUGACAGUGGAGUGGAUCAGCUAGUAGAAAUCAUCAAGGUUCUGGGAACGCCGACAAGGGAACAGAUUCGAGAGAUGAAUCCAAAUUACACUGAAUUCAAAUUCCCUCAGAUUAAGGCACAUCCGUGGACUAAGGUGAGUCAACAGCCUUCUGUCGCUCGGUUCCAGGUCUUCCGGCCUCGGACCCCCCCGGAGGCCAUUGCUCUGUGCAGCCACCUGCUAGAGUACACCCCCACUGCCCGCCUGACACCACUGGAGGCGUGUGCACACUCGUUCUUCGAUGAGCUACGGGACCCAAACCUCAAGCUACCAAACGGACGGGAGAAACCUUCUCUCUUCAACUUUACCACUCAAGAGCUGUCUAGCAAUCCUUCCCUGGCUGCAAUCCUUAUCCCAGCUCACGCACGAAAUCAGGCCAGCACCUCAACCCCCACAAACGCCUCUGCAUCCACAGAAGCUAACGCAGGAGAUCGUGGCCAGACCACCAACGCAGCUUCUUCAGCAUCUGCAUCAAACUCUACCUGAAGCCGACGAAUGGAGUCAGAGCCAAAUCUGAGUCGCAAAUAAAUCAAACCUAAAAACAAACAAAUAUUGAGAGAGAAGCCCUGUUCAUUAAUGUUUUUUUAUUUGUAAAAUAACAUAUAAAUACAAUUUUCAUUUUGUGCUCAUCAAGGGGAUCUUGGAGGAAUGCGGAGCAGUAUAUACACGUUUCUCCAUUGACAAUCUUUUUAUUGAAGUUAUGACAACGUUGUAGCAACCCACCCUCAACCUGCAAAACAAGAUAUCAACCACCACCCUCAUUUCUCCUUUCUCCUUUCUCCUUUCCCCAGAUGCUAUUCUUUUCUCUUAUCCUUAAUAUACCUGGCAUUGUGGAGCCUCAUUGGAAACAGGACAGAGUUUUCCAUUCAGCAUUGUUUGUGGUUUAUAAAAUAGUGCACAGCUUGAAUUUGGUUGGGAGCACAGAGUAAAAUAAUUAUAUUGACAAGCAAUAUAAUUAUUUGUUUUUCAAAUAGCCUACAGGUAGCAGACCCCUGUUUUUAAACUGAGGAGCCUGGAUUUUUGCUCAUGCCAUUUUUAUGGAUGGCUACAUUAUUAUUAUUAUUAUUAUUAUUAUUAUUAUUAUUAUUAUUAUUAUUAUUAUUAUUAUUACAAUUGCUGUUUUUAUAUAUAUAUAAUUUUUUUUUUUUUUGUAAUUCAUUAGGACUUGUGAAUCCAAAAAUGUCUACUUGCUUUUGUUUUGUGUAUAUAUAAAUACUUAUGUAUACAGUUUCUAUAUAGUUUGAAGUAUAUAUAUAUUUACAAAUAUAUAUACAAAUUAGUUUCCUUUCAACUAACACAGUAGGUCAGAUGCUAAAAACUACAGCUAACGCAGACACAGUAUGUGUUGUUUUUUAAACAGUGUUAUUUCAGUUAGGCUGCUGCAUUUUCAGACUUCCAAGCCGCUUUUAAUGUAUUUUUUUUUUCUUUUUGACAUGUUAGUCACACAUUUUAGAUCAUAUUGUAAUCUUUUAUCUUUUAUUUAUUAAUGCAUGUGAUUGUCAGCAGAAACCUGCUUUUUAUAUGAAUCUAUCAUGGUAAAAAAAAGAAAAAAAUUAAAUACAAGCUUACUGCACCACUAUUACUGUACUGUACUGCUAUAAAGCGUAAUGGAAGAGACAGUUUUAUUUAAUUUGACUUGAGUUUUAUGGUGAAUGUGCGUUUUUAGUAUGAGGUUUUAAUAAAGGAAUGAUGCUUUAGUCCCAUAUUCUGGAGACCUAUUUAAUUGCUGUUACAUACUAAAACAACAAACCUAGUUUUUUUGGGAGGGGAGGGGGUAGUAGGGCUUAUUUGAAACAUGCCUUUCAGUAGAAACGCAUAGGGUUCCUUUUAGGGAAAGAGAGACAACUUUUGUGCAAGUUCAGAUGCAACUAAACAAAGUAAAUUGUAGCUCCGAGUGAAUUGAAUGCACAGUUUGAGCAGCAUGCAUCAGAAGUCUGUCAGUAUUGUUUGGUUUUUUUUGUUUUUUUUUAAUAUAUAAAUGUGGCGGAGUCAACAAAGUAACCUUCUAAAUCUAGUGAACAUAUGUGAAAUGAAAUUGUGGUAGUAUGUAAAGCUGCUUAUUACUGUAUUGCAGUGAAAUCCACCUGGUACAUAGAGCUCAUGAAUAAGAACAUGCAGAGAAGAUGAGGAUCGUUGUAAAGAACACAAACGGUCACUCUUACUCCAGUAGUGUAUGUUUUGGAGUGCUACCUAGAUAUCGCUUCUGAAAAGCCCUCAGUAAAGAGGUGGCAGGAAGCCUUUCCAAGGGUCACUGUUGUUGUAUUGUUACACAAUUAUUUUUCAAGCCAACAAUCAUGAUUUUCUGGUUUAAAUGCUUAUGUAAAAAUAGAAGAUCUGCAAUAAAUCUCCACCAUGUAAAAAAAAAAAAAGUCUGAGAGAAUUUUAAAAUGGAGGAAGAAACUGCUGCUAUCCAAGCAGUGCUGGCUGUGAUAGCCAACUGAUCCAACCAGUAGUGAAGGAAUCAGAGCUUCAAUCCAUGUGGGUUAUGGUAUACAUCCUGCUUUUCAUUCAGUACAAUCCUCUACCAUGAAAUCAAAAAAUAAACUUAUUACCACUUAUAUUUGUGUAUUCUAGCUGCUCCUCACCAAAUUCAGGCUUGUUGUUUUUUCUUUUUUUAUUGUGUACGGUAUAUAAAUAUGUGGACCCAAGAACUGUUAGGAGCAAAAACAAACAAAAAAUUAAAAAAAAAUUCAGGGUAAAUAAAUCUGUUUAUUCAAAAUGUAGAUGAGCUUUUCAAAGCUACUGUAAAGUAGGUGCCGGCUAUAUUAUUGUAACAAUAACUAGCGAUGUCUAGUGUAUCUAUAGUUUAGAGUGCCUUUGCAUCCAAUGUUUGAACAUAUAUAUUUUUUCUUUCUUGCCCCUUUAACCCUUUGAGUGCUGUUGAAGUGUAGGUCAAAUUGUAUUUACCCAGUGUAGUUUACAGGGAUUUUAGUUUAGAUUUUAAUGUGUUUCAGUCCAGUUUUUACAAUCUGAGCACAAUCAUUCCAGGUUAUCAAAUUGGAUUGUUCAGUGAAUUUAAUGUGUGUUAGAAAGGUUUAACCAUUCGCAUCACAGAAUGCCUUCUGUAAUUUGGGUGUUUUAAGUUAAGGUUCCGUGUUGUUUCUAUUGCAAUAGUGUUAUGUUGUUGUUUCUUUUUGUUUGUUUGUUUUUUAUGAAAAUACAAGGACAAAAAGGUCAUUUAUUUACAGUUUGUCACUUUUGACACUUAGUAAAAUGGUGUCAAAGCACACGUGCUCUUUUGUUGCCUAUGGUAUCAGUAUUGGUUGUGGGAUGGGUAACCUGUUUAGUUUGGGGCAAUCUUUAUCUUUUAAAAGUUAACCCCAGUCUGAUCUUUCCCCAGAGUUAUCAAGUUCAGUUGUUUAGGAUUCAUUGGUUAAAUGUUUUUUCUAUCAGAUUGACCGCGCAUGUCAGUUCAGCCACCCCCUCUCCUCUCUGUCCUGUUUCCAAGGUGGAUGUGUUACGAUAAUAGAAUAAGGCAAUAAUAAUUACUCUUGGAUUUCUUUUUUUUUUAAUUUGUUUUUUCACUGAAGUACAUUCAUUCAGCAGCACUCAAAGGGCUAAGUAACAUGUAGCUCCUCUUGUGAUUCUGAUAUAAAAUAUUGCUUGCUUGUAAUAUUCGCACUCAUAGAUGUGUUGCUAUUGGAUCACAUGGCCUGUAAAACUAAAGUGUGACCAUUUCCAUGUCUACAAAAUAAAUAAAUAAAUAAAGGACUGUGGGUUAUAUACAGACUAUCGCAUACACUUGUGAAAAAAGCUGUCUGAAAAAACAAAACCUGUAUAACAUUAUUACUACUUGAAUGCCUCUGUUUGUGACUGAAUUUUUAUUUCAUUUUAAUAUAAACCUUUUUUUUCUGUGAAAGUAUGCUUAAUGUUUUUUUCCCCACUUUCCUGUAAAUAAAUCCAUUUUGUUCUUCAGUGUGACUUGGUUUAAAAAAAAAAAAAAAAAAAUAGUUAACCGGUACUGUAAUAAUUUGCAUUAAAUAAAGUAGGUUAGCCUGGAAAGUAAAGUAAA